AUGAACUACGCCGCAGCCAAGACCUUCGUCGGUUUUCUGUUUCUGCUGAUUUCUGCCGACAGCUCCGACAGCAACAAGGAUCGUGCUGUCCUGUCACCUCGACAAGACUACCAUGUUCGUGUUGGCAUCGGCCAAGCGGCCUUGGUGAAGUUUAGCUGCUUGGGCGGGCCGGCAGACAUCGUGGUCACACUGCGCAGUCUUGCUGAACGAUCAGAUCCUUUGCUAUUCUUGUCAGUUAAUCCGGACUUUCCACCGUCCUUUGGGGGCCAUGAUUCCUCUACCUUCACGCAUUGGCUUGAGGACAGUGUUGGAAACCAUUACGCCACGGCGAAGGGGCUAGGUCCCGAAGGUGGCAUCCUUCGUCUGCUCAACAUGCGCAAGUUUGCGAGUGAGGAACUCAACGCAGUUCUGACUUUGCACUGCUCUUACCUGAUUGCUUUCGACCUUCUGUUUUGGGAGCAUUUGCGGAGCCGUUCGAUCUGUCCCUUGGGACAGUCCCUGGUCCCUCCCAGGACGCAGAUCGACAGACCCCAGGAUGCGCUGGAGUUCUGCUCGGGCUUCGGGAGCUGUGACAAGCACGGCGAGUGUCAGUGCGACAGUAAGCAUGCAGGGCCAGCCUGCGAGCAUGACAAGAUCGACAUCCUUCACAACGAUGGCUUCCGCUUUCAGGUGUCGCCUGGGCACUACCAGUACUUCCGGGUGCACGUACCGCCGCAUUUCCCAGGAGGCUAUGUCGAGGUUGACGUCUCUGGAUCGGCUCCACUGGUUGUUCUUGUCAGAUACGAUGACUUGCCAACGAAAGCAUCAUACGAUCUGAGCAACUUUGACGAUUGGAUCAAUCGCAGAUCGCGUACAGUCUUGAAGUUCAAGGUCGAGGCGCUGGGUGGGAUUGGAGGUCCAGGCAGUGAAGGCCGACCUGCUUUCGACAGCCAAGAGCCAUUGGAUCUCGGUGGACCACCUGCCGGUGCUGGAAUGGCGCCCGAGGCUGGGCAGGCGCCUCGCAGACUCCAGGCCGAGGAGAGCUGUCCGCAAGCUCCCAAGCUAUCUCAUCCGUCUUGCUCUACUCCGCACUUCCUCCAUUGCGAGGAUGUUUGUAUGAAAUGUCUACAAUGCGCCGGGAGCGAGGACAAACAGUCCUGUGGUUCAUCUUGCCAAGAUUGCUCACAGCCGGCGUGUAGCCGGACCUUGGCAGCUUGUGCCAGUGACAUCAGUUGCUCUGGCCCAGAAGCGCAAGAAUGCGAGGUCGGCUGCGGCAGCUGCAUGAGCUGUCUGACCGUGCCGCCCAGUCUGGGCGGCACGGAUGAAAGGUGCAAGCUCUGCAGCUGCUGCUCGGGCUGUUUGCCGCUGACAGCAAAGUGCAUGUACAACGGUGCUUCGGAGACGCGCUACGUGUUUGUGGGAGUGUUGCAUCAUCGCCGGCACAAGAUCGUCAGGGGUGACAUUUCUGCAUCAGCGGACAUUUCGCUCGUGGAAGAUGCGAGCUACACAAGUAGCGAUGAAAGCUGGACAGCUCGGCUGUACAAUCCGUUCCAGGACUUGAGAAGCGUGGAAAUGACCCACAGCCAGGAAUAUCCGAGUGGGGAACAGUUCAUGUACACGAUGGACAUCCGCCAAUCAACUGUUGCAAACUUGCAGGUGCGUACCUUCAAGGAUCGCAUGACACUGCUCCACCUACGGAACAUUCACCACCUUCAGAAAAUGCAGCUGGACUUCGUCUCAGGGUCUUCGAUCACCCAUGUGCUGGCCUCCUCGAAAGCUUCGCCGAAGACCCUCUUCGACUUUGACCAAGCACCUGUCCAGGUUGAUGGAGGUGUGAGGAUAGAUGCUCAAGAUCAAGGAGAUGUUUGGUUCGCUCCUUGCAAAAUUUCUGCUGCAUGUUGUAUUGUCUAG